AUCAGUGCGCUGCUGGACAACGGCACCAGAUACAACCUGCUGAACUCGGCCAUCAUCGAGCUCUUCGAGUUCAUCAGAGUGGAGGACAGCAGAUCUCUGAUUGAGCACAUCGUGGACAACUUCUACACGGCGCUGGAGUCCAUCGAGUACGUGCAGACCUUCAAGGGCCUGAAGGGCCGCUAUGAGCAGGAGAAGCAGCGUCAGAGCCGAGGACUCAGCAGGUGCCGCAGGGACGCCCGCUCCUUCGAGGAGGACGAGGACAUGUGGCUGAAUGAAGACGAGGAGAACGCCGACACAGGCUUGGACAAGUGCAAGAGCGACUACGGGAAGUUCAUGGAGAGCGAGAAAGUUAAAGAAGGUCAGGACAAGGAGAGCCAGCCCAAGCGGACGACGACGGGCAGCUUUAAGUUCAGGUUCUCUCCUUCUGCAGGAGUUCCCCCCUCCGCUUCCUCCAGCGGCUCCAGACCUGCAGCGCCACCUUCAGGCCAGACGGCCCGGACCGGACCGCUGGGGCUCGUGGACUACUCUGAUGAUGAAGACGAGGAGAGCGAUGACGAGGAGCAGGCGUCACACAAGAGGCCUCGUCUGGGCUCGUAAAGCCCGCUGUAGCGCUGUGCCCACCCCACCUGAACCCGAGGAGCUCAGCGGUCUGCUCUCCAGUGAGCCGCACACGCUAGCAGGACUAGCCGCGCUAGUGAAGCUGGGACUCGAGGGCUGCUGUGGGCAGAUGUGUAUGAGAGCUUGUACAGUGGCUGCUUCCUUUCUUACUGAUUUCCUCUGGACGCCUGUGUUUCUCCAGUGAGACCGUAUUAACCUUUAUUCUCAGACGUCUGUAUUUCAGGCUAGAAGAUUUUAAAACACAUGAAAUUGCAGUGAAAUGUUUAGGUUUGUGUGCCGCGUCUCCUCGGCGGAGAUGAAGCAUGUGCACUGCAGCGGUGUAGCGCUUCUCUGAUCUCCGAGCUUUGGGCUCUUCUGUCUCACAGAACACAAGCUGAUCGCACUCGACCGCCAGAUGCUCAGAUUAAAUAUUAAAAGCUGUUUUUGUUUUUCCCCUCGUUUUUCUACACUUUCCUACUUGCACCAUCUGCGUUAAAGAGCAUUUGUAUCAAUUUGAUAUUUUUACAGUUUUCAGAUUAAAUUUGGUCCUGCAGUUAAA